ACAUACGUUGGCAUUAAAGUAACACUCAAUAACGACGGCGUCAAAAUUUCACAUUCGCCAUCUGCGUUCGUUUAAAAUGGUGUCGUUUACCAGCUGUGUUUUGCCGCUCUUUAGAUUGACAUUAGUUAACAACACCAGACCAAGAACGUUACUUCAAUCUAAAUUUAUACUGCAAACCAUCAUGUCGUCUUCAUCGCCCGCCGCCACAUCUCCCAAACGUCUUUGUACAGAUGCAGCCACAAAAUGCAUUGGAACACACAGUGGGACAUUCCACUGUGAUGAGGUAUUGGCAUGUUUUAUGUUGAAACAGCUGCCGGAAUAUAGCGAUGCUAAGAUAUUUCGUUCCCGCAAUGAUGCCGAGUUACAAGAAAAAUGCGAUAUUAUUGUUGAUGUGGGUGGUGAGUUUGAUCAUGAAAAGAAAUGGUAUGAUCAUCAUCAGAAAUCAUUUCAGCAUACAUUGGGUUCAUUAAAGCCUGAAUACGAGGAGCAGUUUAAUAAAAUAAGGUUAAGUAGUGCUGGACUGAUUUAUUGCUAUUACGGAGAACGUGUUAUUGAUGAGAUUCUGAAGAAACAUGCCAAUAUUUCCCUGAAUCCUCAAAACUUGAAGCUUACAUUUGUACAAAUCUAUCGCAACUUUAUUAGUGAAAUCGAUGCCAUUGAUAAUGGCGUACCAAUGUGUCCCGAAGGCGUUGAGCCCUUGUACAAAAUCUCCACAGGCCUCUCAAGUCGAGUUGGCAAAUUCAAUCCCUCAUGGGAAGAGGAGGGAACAAAUGUUAAUAUCGAUGAACGUUUUGCCGAAGCUAUGUCAUAUGCUGGCAAAGAGUUUGUUGAUAAUGUUUUGGCCAUUGGCGGAUCAUGGAUUAAGGCACGUGAAUAUGUACGCGAAGCCUUGGUGACCGCUAAAACCGUUUACAAAACAGGAGAAAUUCUUUUACUGCCAAGAUUUUGCCCAUGGAAACAACAUUUGGUGGAGCUGGAGAAAGAAUAUGAUGUUGUAGGUGUACCUAAACUGAUCAUUUUUAUUGACGCCUCAGGAAGUUGGCGUGUUGCAGGUGUUCCCUUGAAUCCAGAUAGCUUUUUGGGUCGUAAAUUUUUGCCCGAACCAUGGAGAGGUUUACGUGAUGAAGAACUUUCCAAACUGGUCGGUGUGGAUGAUUUGACUUUUGUGCAUCACACCGGAUUUAUUGGCGGAGCAAAAACAAAAGAAGCUGCCAUUGCAAUGGCUAUAAAAAGUAUCGAGUUUUAAUUAAGAAGAAAUUUAUUUAUCUGUAUGAUUGUAUGUGUAAUUGUGUGCUAAAAAAAGAAAACUAUUUAAUUAUGAUUGACAAGAAAAAAUAUAUUUUCCAACUCCAGCUGUUUUUUGGCUGUCAUUUCCUUA